AUGUAUACCAAUCAGUACACUCCUCAGUAUUUUCAGUACAUUCAACAAUAUCAGCAAUUUCCAUCUAAUAACUAUCAAAUGUACAAUUAUAACCAACAAUCGGCUUACAGCACUCCACAACCAACUCAAACAGCUGCAACAUUUAUAAGGCCAACUGUACCAGUCCAACAGCCACAAGUAUCAACUCCUAAAAAAAAGGUUUUAAGCAUAUGGAUGGGGAACGUGGAACCUUAUAUGACUGAAAGUUUCAUCACAGGUGCAUUUCAAAAGAUGGGAGAAUAUCCAAAGAAUGUUAAGUUGAUUCGCAAUAAAAAUACUGGGGAAAAUGCUGGCUACGCAUAUGUUGAUUUCUAUGAUCCAGUAUCUGUUAUGCAAAAACUCAAUGGAAAAUAUAUACCUGGUACUAAUCCACCUGUGAAAUUUAAACUCAACCAUGCUGGAAGUCUUGGAAAAACUACUGCAAGUGGUACAGAUUUUUCUGUGUGGUUAGGUAAACUUAGCCCAGAUGUAGAUGACUAUCAGUUAUAUAAGACGUUUGCUUAUCGCUAUCCAUCUAUACGUACAGCUAAAGUGGUCUUGGACAGUUCUGGUUUUAGUAAAGGAUAUGGUUUUAUUGAUUUUGGCAGCAAAGAAGAGCAAGAACACUGUCUUAACAAUAUGAAUGGUUUUCCAGGCCUUGGUUCCAAACCCAUUAAGGUUAGCAGUGUCAUACCAAAAUCAAAACGUCAUGUUGCUUCAAAUGACUCUCAAGGAUACAAGGCAAGUCAAAAUUAUGGACAAUAUUUUGAAACUGAUUAUUGGCGUCUGGCAUCUGGCAUCUGGUUCAACCUGGAAAGAAACCUCAAGGUCAAAAAUGAAUUGGAAGUUCUAAAUGGCUACCACUCAACACUAUAG